AAGUCUAAUCAAUAUUAUUGUUCAAAAAAUUUCAGUUAAUUAAAAAUUGCAUGAUAUAAAAAAAAUUAUUCUUUUGGAACUGAGAAAAAACUACGAAAAAGCGAAAAAAAUACAUUGAGGGUUAGCAAGAAGCAUCGCCGAAAUUUAAGUCGAUCUUAUUUAGCAAAAUGUUUAAGAUAAAAGAAGAACCGGAAAAUAAACAAAAAACUUUAAGAAAUCAAGAAAAGGGUGACUUUGAUCCGUUUCUUGAAAGAAAUUUGGAACACCCAACCACGAACGGUGAGACCCUGACUCAUUUACUCAAAGCGUCUCUAGGGACCGGCAUCCUGGCCAUGCCGUUGGCUUUUCAAUGUUCGGGGCUUAUAAUGGGUAUAUUUGCAACAGUAUUUGUGUCUUUCGUAUGCACGUAUUGCUCGUACUCAUUGGUGAAAUGCGCUCACACGCUCUACAAACGGAUAAGAGUGUCGUCCAUGAGCUACGCCGACGUGGCUGAAGUGGCGUUCGCGAACGGACCCAAAUGGUCUAGAAAUUUCUCGUCGAUAACCCGGCAGUCUGUGCUCUGGUUGUUGUUCGUCACAUAUUUUGGAACGUGCAGCGUGUACACGGUGAUAAUCGCUUCAAACUUUGAUCAGCUGUUCACAUACCACAUGGGUUAUGAACUGAACCUCCGAUCCUUUAUCGCGAUGCUGCUCAUACCACUCAUACUGCUCAGCUACGUACCUAACCUCAAGUACUUGGCACCCGUUUCUAUGGUGGCCAACCUAUUGAUGGCAACCGGUCUGGGCAUCACGUUUUAUUAUACGCUGUGUGACGUACCCAACAUUUCUGAAAGGCCGGUUGUGGGGUCACUUGAAACGUUCCCGACGUUCUUCUGUCUCACCGUGUUCGCUAUGGAAGCCAUUGGAGUGGUGAUGCCGCUGGAAAACAAUAUGAAAACGCCCAGAAACUUUUUGGGACUUUUCGGCGUGCUAAACGUCGGCAUGGGUGGCGUGACCGUUGUGUACAUUUUGCUCGGUUUUUCCGGUUACUUGAAGUACGGCGAAUCAACGAAAUCGAGUAUAACGUUAAACCUUCCCAUCGAAGACGUUGCCGCUCAAGUGGCUAAAAUAUGCAUCAGCUUAGCCGUGUUCUGCACGUACGGUUUACAGUUUUUCGUGUGCUUGGAAAUCAUGUGGACCAAAAUCCAGGAAAAUUUUAAAAAAACUACGACCUUCCACAAUUACAUCUUGAGAACGGUUUUGGUGACACUGUCUGUGAUGAUCGCUGUAGCUGUACCGACAAUUGGACCGUUCAUCGGACUCAUCGGCGCUUUUUGUUUUUCGCUUCUCGGCAUCGUUGUUCCUGUUAUGAUAGAGUUUGCCACAUACUGGAACGACGUCACAGUCUGGAUGACCAUCCGGAAUGCAGUGCUGAUUGCUGUCGGCAUUUUGGCGCUGAUUUUCGGCACGGCCAGCAGCAUCGCAGAUAUCAUAUCUACGUACGAUCCUGCCCAGGCCGUUAAGUGUGCUAUCAACUCCACGCUGACUGAGCCAACCGCAGAAUGACCGAAAGUCCGGUCAUAGCAUCCGUCACCCAGCCACACACAACUCAAGACUUCCGAUCGUUCCGAGUAUAUCGAUACGAUAAUAAUUGUAUAUAUUUAUAACCAUAGGCGUAGUGCUAGGAGCUCUUUGGCUAGACCAAAUGCCUUCCACCCCUUUAUCUCCCAAAAAAUGAAAAGGGUCUAUUGUUUAUAUUGUCGAGAUCAAAUUUUACGUUGUUUUUUAAAAUUUACGAAUUGCCUCCCGUUCUUAUCGUAAAUAAAAAGGUUAAUAAAUACUGGUUGCUUUCGAUGAACAGAUAGUUCAUAAUUAUACACGUGUUAUCUCCCGUAAAGAAUAAAAUAGUAGUUAUAGUAGUCUUCAGUAAAAUAUACUAUAAGAGAUAAAUAUUAUUACAUAUUUUAA